UUAAACUGAAAGUUGUGUGCAAAAACAACACACAUUCAUGACGUCGUAAAUGUUGUAGCCGGUCAUCUCACCUGUAUCUAUUGUUAGACUAAUACAUUGGACGCUAUUCUCAAUUCGAGGUGAAAGGUCAAAAUAAAAUAAAUCGAGCAAUGAAAGAGGCUUUUGUUAAUAUUUGUAAUGUCCCAACGCGUAUCAUUACCUAUGGUGGCUGGGUGGAGGAAUCUUUAGAUGAUGUUAAAGAAGUCGCCAUAUGUAUAACGGGAAAUCCUGGCUUACCAGGUUUCUAUGGGGAAUUUUGUGAAACAUUACAUGAACGACUCGAAAAGAAAAUGCCCGUAUGGAUAAUCGGGCAUGCCGGUCAUGACGAUCCACCAGAAAACAGCCUUCGUGAGGUACCACAACUGAAGGGAAAUGAGGAGAUGUUCGAUUUGGAUGGUCAAAUUCGGCACAAAGCAGAAUUCAUUGAGAAAUACGUUCCUGAUAACGUAAAGAUACAUUUAAUGGGACAUUCCAUAGGAGCAUGGAUGGUGCUACAACUUUUGCAAAAAGAUGCGAUACGAAAACGUAUCAAAAAAUGCUAUUUACUAUUCCCUACCAUAGAACGAAUGAUUGAAUCGCCAAAUGGUUGGACAUUUACAAAAAUUGGUUUGCCUUUAUAUUCCGUUUUUGGUUUCCUUAUUGCUUUACUGAAUCGCUUGCCCAAACUAUUAUUAAUUUUAUUAGUACAAAUAUACUUUUGGUUCUCAUCGAUACCAAGUCAUCAUUUAAAUACAGUUUUGGGUUAUAUUAAGGCUACAGUAACGGAAAAAGUGGUAUUCUUAGCUGAAGAUGAAAUGGCACGCGUCCGUGGCUUACAGAAAGACAUAAUACGUGACAAUCUACCAUUGUUGAAACUUUACUAUGGCACAACCGAUGGCUGGGUUCCGGUAAAAUACUAUAAUCAACUCAGAGAACAAUUUCCCGACAUUGAUGCCCAGUUAGAUACCAAAAAAAUUGAUCACUCAUUUGUGCUGCGUUCAUCGAAACAAAUGGGUGGAAUUAUUGCUGACAUGAUUGUAGAAAAUUCAGAAAUACUUGGCACGAAAUAAAAUAGGUUGAAUGCGGUCUAUUUUAUGUUUAUAAAAAAUCGCAUAGCUUUUAAAAUAAAUGGAAAUAUUUAUUUA